GAGGAGAGAAAGAAGAGGGUGGGAAAGUUACUGAAUGUGAGACCAAAAGAGCUAGGUUUCAGUAAUGAUUACAAAAUGGUGUGAUCUUAGACACAUCACUUUACUCCCUUAGCCUGAGUUUACUUAUCUUUAAAGAGAAGAGGGAAGAUUAAAAGACCCUUAAGGUCUCUUUCAGACCUCAAUUUAUAAUCCUGGCAUAGUGAUUCACCCAAUCAUAAUCUCUCAGAUUUUCUCUUCCUGAUUCCCAAACUAUCCCCUGUACUAUUUAUAGUGAAAAUGGGGGCGUGGGGGUAUUGAUUGAACAGGGGAUAUGGAAGGUUUUGUGACAGGGAAUGGAGGUAUUGAAGGGAGAGAGGUUAUAUGGUUGCAGGUGAGGUAUAAGGAGAGAGAUGCCCCUUGCCGAGAGGCUAUUUUUGAAAAAAAUGUGGUUUCUGAGAAAUGGGCCACUUAUGAUAGCCUGAGGGUAUGUCUUCUUUAUGGAUUGAUGUGGAAGAUACCCCAGAGCAGGUAAGCACAGACCCUCCUGAGGGACAAGCCUCCCCCCAGACUUAGUUACCCAGCAGGGGUCCAAUAAGGACCAUUUAUAGUUGACUGGCUGUCCUAAGGUUCAGCUCCCUCUAAGUCCCCUGAAAUGAUAGUUCUUUUAUCUGACUUCGGUUAUUUAAAUAAAGAUAAAUUUUAGUAACAAGUUUGGAUUGGGGAGGUAUUAGGGAAGAGGGAAUUGGGAUUUCCCUAGAUAAGGAUUGAGUCUCUCAGCUUUUGAACUGAGGCCAGGCCUCACAGGCUGGUGGAGGGUUUAUUUAUUCCUGUCUAUGCUAAUCUGUUCUUAAAUUCAAGGUCUUAGCAGUAGAAAGCAAGAUGGAGAAAAGUUCUGACCUUAAGAGCUGGUUGGGGCUGUCUCUGCAGGCUGACACCCCUAAAGACUGACCUUACAGUUCAAACUGCUUCCCUUAAGUCCUUUUGUCAAUGACAUGAUCACAGGAAUCCAGGGAGAGCACACAGUUGGAAAAAUCAAGAAAAUAGAGGGACUUCUAUCCAGAGACUAGGAGAAAGCUCUUUCCAGUUUUAGGAUCAGGAAGGAAGUUCUCAGUCACAAGACCAGCUGCCACUCCCAGUUGCCCCUCCCCCCACAAACUGUCAGUCUCAUUAAUAUCUUCUCUCUCUAAUAUUCCCACUGUUGGAUCCAACUCAGUGGCAGAAAGUCCAAAACUUGUUUUAGUUUUCAUUUCCACACCCCAUAACUCUCACUCUUCAAGUGGUCCUAAAUCAACCAAAAAAUGGCAUAAUAUUCAAGACAAUAAGUGGUUCUGAGCCACAUUAGUAAACAGUAAGAAAAUAGUAGUUUCUUGACACCAAAAGAAGUGAGGAAAAACUUUUGAGAACUAGCAUGACAAAAUGGAUAGAAUUUUAGAAUUAGAAACCAGAAGACCUGAAUUUAAAUCCUGCCUCUGGUGCUUUGUGAUAUGUACAAGUUAUUAAACUUCUCUAAGUCUCAGUUCCUUCAUCCACAAAAAUGGGAAAUGAUUGACAAUAUAUUAUCCUAUCCUAUUAUAGGGCAUACUCCAUGGAUUGUUUUUAGAAUCAAAACAUAUAGUUCAAAUUUUGUGAAGUAUAAACUUUGUAAAUCUUAAAUACUACAUAAAUAGGAGCUACCAUUAUUUUUAAAGCAUAUUGCUCUACUUCUAAUCUAUUAUUUCUUAAAACAGCCUUAGAAGAUUUCUAAUAUACUCUGAUGUUACCUUUUUUUUUUGCACAUAACUACAAAGCAGGAAGCAGCUACAGCAUAUAUAUAUAUAUACAGUGUCAGUGAAGAAAACAGACACUACCAAACUUUCCAGAGGAGCCAAAGAAAUUCCCUCUCAGAUAAGGAAUGGAUCUGCAUUCUGCACUGAUGUUUCUGGCCACUGUGAUCCAUCAAUCUAUAGGACUGAAUCCCAGGCUUUAUGGAAAUUUGUCCACUAUGAAAGAAGAGAUUCAAAAGAAGAUCCUUGAGCACCAUAAUAAUAUAAGAAGAUCCGUGAUCCCAACAGCCAGCAAUAUGCUGAAAAUGGAAUGGAGUCAUGAAGCUGCUACAAAUGCCCAAAGUCGCGCAAAUAAUUGCACCCUGAAAGUUAAUAGGUUUCCUAAUAGAACUAUUGGUGAUACAGUAUGUGGUGAAAACAUACUUAGGUCGACCUUUCCCACCUCCUGGACUGAUGCCAUCCUUGUUUGGAAGCUACAGAAAAAGAAUUUUAUUUAUGGAGUAGGAGCUGUCAAUGUAACUGGCCACUAUCUUGCCUAUACUCAGAUGAUCUGGUAUAGAAGUUAUAAAAUUGGAUGUGGUGUUGCCUACUGCCCAAAGAAUGAAUUUAAAUACUUUUAUGUGUGCCACUACUGUCCAGCAGGGAAUAAGGUCACUUCAUUAGCAACUCCCUACAAGAAAGGUGCCAAAUGUGCAGAUUGCCCCCAUGCUUGCCAAAAUGGACUCUGUACAAACCCUUGUCCAUAUGAAGAUAAAUAUUCAAAUUGCAAAGAGAUGAAAGAUAUGUUUACCUGUGACUUCACAGAGAUCAAGCUUCACUGUAAAGCUACAUGCAGAUGUACCAAUGAAAUAAAAUAGACAGAUUCUCUCUACUGUGGGAUAAUUAUUUUGGAAUCAAGGUAUAAGCUAUGACUACAUAAUAUCACUCUUACUGUAUUUCCAAUGUUUUUGAUUCCAGAUAAAACUAUAAUGAGCUCUAUCCCUGUCUCUAUUUAAAAGCAUAUAUAUGGAACAUUCUCAUUUCCAUUUUAUAGUAUAUGCCUGUCCUAUAAAAUUGCAUUCAGGCUUAUUUUCUUAUAUGUACUUUUAAAAGAUU